GCUAUUUAUAACGUAAACAUACAUCCGUGAUGAGCUAUUCAGAAAAGCCUGAGGACAUUACAAAGGAGGAAUGGAUGGAUAAACUAAAUAAUGUGCACAUUCAGAGGGCGGACAUGAACAGGCUCAUCAUGAACUAUUUAGUAACCGAGGGUUUUAAAGAGGCUGCAGAGAAGUUCCGCAUGGAAUCUGGGAUCGAGCCGAAUGUUGAUCUAGACUCUCUGGAUGAGAGGAUAAAGAUCAGGGAAAUGGUUCUAAAAGGUCAGAUCCAGGAAGCCAUUGCUCUCAUUAACAGCCUCCACCCAGAGCUUCUUGACACCAAUCGAUACCUUUACUUUCACCUUCAGCAGCAGCAUCUGAUUGAGCUCAUCCGUCUGCGGGAGACGGAGGCGGCGCUGGAGUUUGCACAGUCCCAGCUGGCUGAACAGGGUGAGGAGAGCAGAGAGUGUCUGACAGAGAUGGAGAGAACACUGGCACUGCUCGCCUUCGACAAUCCUGAAGAGUCGCCGUUUGGAGACCUGCUCAACAUGAUGCAGAGGCAGAAGGUGUGGAGCGAGGUUAACCAGGCUGUUCUAGACUAUGAAAACAGGGAAUCUACUCCGAAAUUAGCAAAACUGCUGAAGCUUUUACUGUGGGCUCAGAAUGAACUGGACCAGAAAAAAGUGAAAUACUCCAGAAUGACAGACCUCAGCAAGGGCACCAUCGAAGACCCCAAGUAGAGACUGUAAUGCACAUGGACACACUUUGUUUUUUUUCUUUCGUUUUUUUGUCCUAUUUAUGAACGGUCAGUGGCCGGAUGGAAAAUAUAAAUCUAUAUUUAAUGUAUAUUUUUUCCUUGAGGCCUCUAUAAAAAGUAACCUAACAGUAUAUGGUUUUAUUUCAAUCAAAACUAUAUUGACUGAAAGCAGUAAACCUAAAUCUUUAUUUUAAUCUACCAUUUACUAUGCUGGUAGCCUAUUUUCUGAAGAAUAUAGAAUAUUCCUAUGGUACUAUGGACACUUUCGGACUGACAUAUCUGUGUUUUAUGUGUUUUCCAUUGUCUUUCUCAACACUGUGUCCUCAUGCUUAUAUUAGGCUCUUUCUUCAGUUUCUGGUUGGAAAGAAAAGUAAUCAGAUUCAUUUUUAUUUUCGCUGGAGACUGAUAUUACUGAACUACUUUUAUCAUAAUUCCUGUAAUUAUUAUUAUUUUUAAUUUAUGCGCAGCUACAGAUGUGGUCAAUUAAGCAAAUGUUUUAGACUUCCAUUAUAAGCUAUUUUAAUUACAAUACAACACAUAUUGUCAUUUCAGAUUUGAAGCAUUUUGUUUAUGGUUUAAUUUUUGUUCACAUUUUGUACUGCUUGUUUGGGAUAAAGUUGAUUUCACAGUAAA